AUGACUCGCGCUACUGAGGCCGCCGCCUUCUUCGGCAUCACCGCCACCAUAUACCUCGCCCUCCUCUUCCAGUGGCUCCCCAUCACCCUCCCCGAAACCGUCCAGAACUUCACACUUCCCGUUCUCCCCUGGUGGGCUUUGGUCACAUUUGGCGCCUACUCUCUCGGAAACAUUGGUUAUCACGUCCUGACCUUCCGCGACUGCCCUGAAGCAUACGACGAGCUCCAAGUGCAAAUCGGUGAAGCACAGAGGGAUCUCAGGAGCAAGGGCAUGAGCAUCUAA